AGAGCGCGGCGCAUGAUCUGCUCGCCUCCACUCUGCACGCCGAGAGACAGCAGCACGGUCCCGCGGGCGGAACCGAUCAGGGCAAGGGCGGCAGGGCAGUGCUGUGCUGCUAACGGUACCAACGGGGUGUAAAGUCCAUACAUUAGCCCCACACUCGAGUCCCAGGCUCUUGGGCUAUUAUGGAGAACAAAGCGGCCGCACGGGACAGCAGCGACCGGGACCUGUACCGUCAGUUCCAGGAGUGGUGUUUGAAGACAUAUGGGGACUCCGGCAAAACCAAGACGGUCACCCGUAAGAAAUACGAUCGCAUCGUCCAAUUUCUGAGCGGAGUGGAACCCAGUUCUGCAGAUAACGCCAAAUUUAAAUUCUGGGUGAAAUCGAAAGGGUUCCAGCUGGGAUCGUCGGAGGAGCUAAAGGCUGGAGGUGGCAAACAGGUCCUUUACGUACCAGUCAAAACCACGGAUGGAAUCAGUACCACAGAGAAGCAAUCAUUAAAACGAGUUGCAGUAGUUGAAGAUUUUUUUGAUAUUAUUUAUUCAAUGCACGUUGAAAUAGGAGUAAAUGGAGAAAAAUCUCGAAAACACGCUGGCCAGAAAAGAACCUAUAAGGCAAUAUCGGAGACCUAUGCCUUUUUACCACGUGAGGCAGUGACCAGAUUUCUAAUGAGCUGCUCAGAAUGCCAGAAGAGAAUGCAUUUGAAUCUAGAUGAUGCAGAUCAUAAAGAAAACGAGAAACCAGCUUCUUUGGUGACCAGUAUGAUAGAUUAUAAUAUGCCUAUUACAAUGGCCUACAUGAAGCACAUGAAACUACAGUUGCUAAGUUCGCACCAAGACGAGCAGGAUGAGCAGUCGUUGAGCAGUGAAGAAUUUGAACUCAGUGACUCCACAUGGAUGUCAGUCGAUCGCAUGAACUCUGACCAAAGCUCUACCCUGGAAGAGAGAAUGCAUAGUCCACAGAACCUAGACAGCCAUCAGGAUGAAGAUUCAUCUGUGGAAUGUUUCAAUGGCAAUGACCCCUUGGUGCUUAAUUCUAAUGCUGCGGAGGGUCUCUGUGGGGCAAUGUACACAAGCAUGGGAGACAUUAAUGGCAAUGGCUCAGCCAAUCCAGACCACCCUGCUAGCCAGGAUGAACAACCAAUAAACCUAAGUGACAGUCCUCUAUCAGCCCAGGUAACACCAGACUAUGGCACAGAUAACAGCAGUAAUGGAAGAAGAAACCGGGUCAAAUAUACAGUUAAUGAGAUUAAAAUGGAACGAGAUUCAAGAGAUUCGGGAAACAAGUCACCUGCACACAGCUAUUCCAGCUAUGAGUCACUUAGAAAUGAAAGCGUUGGAGGUGGCCCUGAAGAUCUGACUGUGAGUAGAAUUAUUGAAGAUGAUGAUGAUCAAGAUGACCAUGAUGACAUUGAGAAGAUUAUUGAAUCAGAUGGAGCAGAAUCAGAACGUCUAAAAGCUUUUAAUAUGUUUGUGAGGCUGUUUGUAGAUGAAAACUUGGACCGGAUGGUCCCCAUUUCUAAGCAGCCCAAAGAAAAGAUCCAGGCAAUAAUUGAAUCAUGCAGCCGGCAAUUCCCUGAAUAUCAGGAGCGUGCCCGGAAGCGUAUACGUACUUACCUCAAGUCCUGCAGGCGGAUGAAAAAGAAUGGUUUUGAGACGUCUCGCCCCAUCCCUUCGCACCUCACUUCUGCAGUAGCAGAGAACAUAUUGGCCACCGCAUGUGAGAGCGAGAGCAGAAAUGCAGCAAAGAGAAUGCGUCUGGAUGUACGUCAACAGCAACAGGAUGAGCCGACGACAGUUGGGAAGCAAUGGACAAAAGACUCUGCCCAAGUUAAUUACACAGCUCCAGCAGUUUCUUACUCUCAAGAUCUGAUGUACAUCAAUGGAAAUACAGGCUAUUACCAUGGUUACACGGGGCUGGGUGGUGGGAAGCAAAAUCCACCUUCCUUAUCAAGUGAUAGCACUAGCAGUGGGCCAGCAGAUCUCAGCGUGAAGAAGUCGCUUGCAUCACACUCCGGAUCCUCCAACAUUAACAAUUCCAAAACUCCACCAGCUCAGCUGAGUCCCACUGAAAUAAAUGCAGUACGACAGCUUGUAGCAGGAUAUAGAGAGUCAGCAGCCUUUUUACUUCGCUCAGCAGAUGAGCUAGAAAACCUGAUUUUGCAACAGAAUUAACUCCAGCCAAACUGCUCACUCUCCUACUGGUAUUAUAUUUCUUGGUAAGAUAUUUCUCUGUUACUGUGCAGGACCACGAGAUAAAGGCUGUCAUAGUCUACCAUCGUGCCCCUGAAUGUGAAACACAUAUUGGACCACCUUUGGUCUUUAAUGAGGAAACAUUACAUUUACAGAGUUACAUUUCAGUCUGUUCUACUUCAUAUUUUCUAAUUGAAGGAGCAAACAGAUACGACCUCAAACGUUUAAACAUCUUCAGUGACUGACCACCAAGUAAAAAUGGCAGCAUCAAUAUCGUCUUACUUUCCAAGUGCAAUAUGUUUUAAGGUGCUACUAAUUGUUUAGUUUGGAGAACUACAUGAAUUGAAGUUAAGGAGACUUUAUACCUGUGGAUAAGAAACGGGUUACAGAAGGUGCUGUAGAGUGGAUUUAGAGUGAUGGCAGCAGGUUUAAUGGUGAUAAGAGCAUGAGAGGGAUGUUUACAAAGCCCAUAUUAUUUAUCAAAUUGGGUUUAUGCCUCAAUCGCAGUUAAUCACCAUCUUUUGUCUCCCUUGUGUUCAGGUAAAUUUAAAUUCUGAUGACUAGUAUGGUGCCUGUGUAAAAUGCAUUGAAAGCAAAAUAGACACGUUGUUUUUAAGAUUGAUUUAAACCUAAAGUUUGUCAGAAAAAUAAAACAAAAAACCUUGUGGAUGUAUUUCACUGUAGGUUGUAUAUUUUGCAAGUAACAAUCUGAAAAAUUUGUACAGUUUCAUUUUAGAGAAUUCUAUUACAAGGAUGUCUUGAGACACCUUUUACUGUGGGAUGUAUUUUGCUGUAGGUUGUAUAUUUUGCAAGUAACAAUGUGAAAUCUUUGUACAGUUCCAUUUUACAGAAUUCUAUGAAAGGAAGCCAGGAGACAUUAUUUUGAUGUGAAGUGCAAGUUGUGCAGUUUACUGCUAUUUUUUGUUGUUCCCUGAAGCCUGUACUGACUGGAUGCAGUUCUCUCACAAUUACCGUGGGUGUACUUAUAUUCUGUCAAUUAUUUUGUAAAUUAUUAAUUAUACAUACAUUGGUGUUAAUUUCAGUUGUUUAAGACUAUUUUAUAUGUACCUCUUGGGGAAAUUGGUUUUUCAUGUUAGAAUAUAAUUUAAAUUUUGUACUUCUGCUGUGCACUUAGUGAAGAGGUAUGUUGGGUUUCCCUGUAUAGUUUCUACACUUGUGAAUUCCUUACAAACUGUCUCAUUCAUGUUGAUUCCCAUUUAUCUUUUGAUAAUUGUAUUUAAUGAAUUGGUAAAAUUUUGAGUGUAUGUGAAUUAAUGUUUUUCAAUUUAUUAACAACUCCUGACUGUGAUUGUGAACUGCGUUAUGUGCACUUCGUUCUAUAGUAAUUGGACAGCACUGACAUCUAAGCUUUUUGUAAUGUUUAUUUGAGUGAUUGAUUGAUUGAUAUAUUGUUUAACAAAGUCAAAAUGGUUGGUAUUGUAGGUGAAUAUAAAUGUGGAAAACAGUCACUGCUAUAAUCCAAAUACUUGUGGAUUUUUCCUUCUCUUGCAGCAUAUACCUCAAAUAGAAAGCUGGAACCAAUAAAUAUUGAACA